AUGAGCGGAAGAGGCAAAACCGGAGGCACGGCCAGGGCGAAGGCAAAGACACGUUCAUCCCGUGCCGGGCUCCAGUUCCCCGUGGGCCGUGUGCACAGGCUGCUGCGCAAAGGCAACUACGCCGAGCGUGUGGGCGCUGGCGCACCAGUCUACCUGGCCGCAGUGCUCGAGUACCUGACUGCUGAGAUCCUGGAGUUGGCCGGAAACGCUGCCCGUGACAACAAGAAGACUCGUAUCAUCCCCCGUCACCUGCAGCUGGCAGUCCGUAACGACGAGGAGCUGAACAAACUGCUUGGCGGCGUGACCAUCGCUCAGGGUGGUGUUCUGCCCAACAUCCAGGCAGUGCUGCUCCCCAAGAAGACUGAGAAGGCCGCCUCCGCAACGGGCCAAUCAGGGCGGUAA